UUAACCGAGAAAUCGCGCUUAAAAAUUCGGUCUAUGACGCCAUCCACCGCGAUAGUGACACCUCAGGUUUCUUUGGAGUUUCACGUUGAGAAAACAGUGCAAAUUUAUGUCUUACUGACUGAUUAAACCAAGGUGGAAGAUACUGAGGGUAUCACUACCGCGAUGGAGAACGUCAAAAAUCGAAUUUUUCAAAGCGUUACAUCUCAGUUAAUAAUGAGAGUAGAAAGUGGCUGUUUGGACAGAGCUUGUAUACUCUCAGCUCAUCCACAAGAAUGGAACAUCAAAAUACGAUUCUAUGAUUAGCGUAACUGACCUAUUGUGUUACAAAUUGGUAAUAAUUUGAAUCUACAUCACAGGGAAGGGGAAGGAAGAUAAAAAUACGGCAAGAUUGGAAACUAGUAUAGUGUUGACGUCACCAUGGUAAAUCCUCCAUAACGAAUUAGAGCCAAACAAGAACAAUUGCAUGACAUAUUUUAAUGCUGAUGAUGAGAAUAAAUCGGUGUAUAUAGCUUUUCUGUGACGUAACAAUAAUUACGUCCGCUUAAGAGCCCAGAGAGGUGAAUAUGCCAUCAUUAUGUGUUCAUCAGGCGCACAGAUUCCCCAAAAGUUAACUAAGUGUUCUUGAGAAUUAGAGAGUGUUGGAAAAAGAACUGAAAAUCGAAAUUUUUGACGCUUAACAACACCUCACACUCAGAGUUUUCUCCUAAUGCUGCAUUUUGCCCCACUCCGCCUCGUGUGAUGAAAGAGCUUUGUUCAGAGGAAAGUUUCAUCAGACAACCUACGAAGUGCACAAAACCGUUCGCUUCCUCACACAAAACGCGCCUUCAUUUUUCACACAGGCAACACGGCUAUCCGUCAUGCUCGAAUAGUUGCAUCCCAGAGCAACAUGAAUAAAACUACUUUUAGUGUUCUUCGGAGACAGUUCGACUGUCGACCGAACGUUGAGCCUUGAUCAUCGGAGUACUGAUUGAUGAUUUUGCUUGUGAUUGCAAGGGUUGUUUAGAAGAAAGUUUCAUCAGACAACCUACGAAGUGCACAAAACCGUUCGCUUCCUCACACAAAGCGCGCCUUCAUUUUUCACACAGGCAACGUGGCUAUCCGUCAUGCUCGAAUAGUUGCAUCUCAGAGCAACAUGAAUAGAACUACUUUCAGUGUUUUUCGGAGACAGUGCGACUGUCGACCGAACGUUAAACUUUGAUCAUCGGAUUAUUGAUUUAUGAUUUUGUUUGUGAUUGUAACGGUUCAUUCCAGGUUUUUACCCGAUGAUAAUGAGUCCCCGUUCAGAUUUUAAGAAUACGGGGCAGAAACAGAAAAGGUUCCAAUGCCACCUGUGUCCAGCCUCCUACGCGAAUGGAAACAACCUCCAAAAGCACAUGAAGUCCCACUCGGGCGAAACUAGGUGCCCGAUCUGCUCGAAAGUUUACUCAACCAAAGGAAACUUGCAGUCGCAUAUGGUUAUCGUUCACCAUACGAAACGGAUUAAGUACGCAUUUUACACCUCGUACAAAAACAAGAAUUACCUACUUGCGACUAAAUUGGCUUGUUUUCUUUCAGAUCUUUCCCAGCAUUAUAGUCAGAAGGAGGCCCCGCAUAUUUGUAAAAUUUGCGGAGCUAGGUACAUGCGCAAUCACAAUUUACGAGCCCAUAUGAAAGCUCACGCCGGAGAAUAUAACUGUGAAAUUUGCAACAAGCCUUUCUCCAACAAAUAUAACCGUUCAGUCCAUAUGCUCGGCGUUCAUAAUAUCCGGGCUUUUGACCGUAAAACGUGAGAUAUCAGUCCGAAACUUUGGUUCUUACAGCCUCUACUGAAUUCCCGACCAGUUACUUAAAUUCUUAGACAAAGCAGUGGACAAAAAAGAUAAUCGGAAAACGGAGCUAUCCCAUUGGGUAGUUGCAAUGGACGUGGAAGGGAAAUGGUAUAGACUAACUAACAGCAUGCCGUGAGAGAACUUUCACCCACUUCAUUAACCCCCCCCCCUCUUAGUCCUUAACAACCACCCAUUUCAACCAUAAGGAUAGCUCUUUUUUCCCUUUAUCUCUUUGUCCAUCGCUUUAUCUAUCAAUUUCAGUGAUGCAUUGCAUCGAUCUAUUGCCAAACUUCUUUAAUUAUUUGUGAGUCAUAGAGGCGUUUUCAUAUUGUUUGUUUUUACAUUGAGCUGAGGUUUGAGUGCGUAUUUUUCGGCUUCUCAGUGUAAAAAGCUCAUCGGUUCAAAGCUUGUUUCCAAAGAAUCCUCUUUCUCGAACGUCUUUAAAUUUUUCGGAUAGGAAAGA